AUGUCAUCAAGAACAGGCCAGCGUGGGCCGUCCCUGUCCACGAGUCAACGCAAGCACCGGUCUAGGUCUGCCCCACGGUAUGAUCUCGAGAAGAAACCGAAGAAGAAGGAUGUAAAGUCAUCUGGCACAAGUAGUCUUGUGUCCAUCCCAAAUAGCAUUAAGUUGACUAUGCUGAACAGCGGCCUUAUUUCGUUUGCUGACGAGAACGGUUCCGUAUCGGAGACGAUACCAGACAAGCCAGUCGAGCUGAAGAACUUCCCCAAGCUGUGUGAACAGCGGCGAAAGUUUCCUGUUCUCUACAAACUUGAGUUCCAGACGGCGACGAAGGUGGAAACACACGCGUGCAGACACGCAACCAAAAAGACUAAUUUACACAAAAACCAGAACCAAAAAGUCAUUCCUUACGACUACAAUCGAGUGGUGCUACAAACAGUUGAUCGUGAGCCGGACUCCGAUUACAUAAACGCUUCCUAUAUAGAUAGUAUAUUAAAACCAAAUGCAUACAUAGUGACUCAGGGGCCAACGGAAGAAACAGUGGUAUCGUUUUGGCGGAUGAUUUGGCAAGAAAGAGCUGCCGCCAUCGUUAUGCUUACGAAGACUUUUGACUUUAUUAAGGUGAUGUGUGUCCAGUAUUGGCCGGCCAGUAAAGAAAAGGACGAAUCUUACGGCGAUAUCAGCGUAGGAAUAGUCCAAGAAGAAGAGUUAGCGAAUUUUCACAUACGAACCUUUCGGCUUUAUAAAACCGAUAAGAGUGUGGUGAUAGAAGAACGUUUUUUACUACAAUUCCAUUAUACACAGUGGCACUCGCACUCUUGCCCAUUCGGAAAUGCGCUAUUAGAGUUCAGAAGGAGAGUCAGGGCUGUAGUAGGAAGGAGAUUGGUAGCUAGCACUGGCACUGGUCCAAUGGUAGUUCAUUGCAACGACGGCGGUGGACGAUCGGGGGUUUAUUUGGCCGUCGAUGCCAAUUUAGAAUUAGCGGAAGAAGAAGACUGUUUCGACGUUUUUGGAUAUUUGAAAAAGCUACGACAAUCUAGGAAAGGGCUUAUUGAAAAUGAGGAACAAUACAAAUUUGUCUACGACACUUUAGAGGAGCACGUUGUGUGUGGCGUUAGUUGGUUUCCUGUCUCGGAACUGUCACAGAGGCUAAAGCAAAAGUCGCAACGGGACCCGGUGACUAAGCUGAACGAGUAUCAGAAAGAAUACCAACAGAUUUGCAAGCAAACGCCGCGAUUCACAAUCGGCGACUGCGCUGGUGGACACAGGGGGGAUAAUAGGGAGAAAAAUAGAGAUGUUCUGGUCGUUCCACCUGAUAAUUUCCGACCAUAUUUAACAUCAUUUCAAGGGAACAGCUUCACGGAUUACAUCAACGCUGUGUUUGUUGACGGUUAUACGAAGCCUCGUGAGUACAUAGUGACUGAAUGGCCGUUAGUACGUACUCAGGGCGAGUUUUGGUCUCUCGUCUAUGACUACGAAUGUGCAGCUGUUGUUGUGCUGUGCGUUCCACCGAAAAACUCGCAACAAUUUCCGCCUUUCUGGCCUGAAAGCCGGCACUCAAAGAAAUACGGCCCCGUCUUCACAAUAGAUCACGUCUCGCACAACCAUUAUACGAAUAUCAAAACUUGGAUAUUCAGAAUUAAUAAGAAGAUCGUCUCACUAACUGAGCUUAUGGCAGGCGUAAAAGCUCCACCCAAGACUGUUCAGCUUUUCCAACUCACGUGUUGGCCGAUGGGGCACAAAGUGCCUUCAUCCACGAAUUCACUCGUCGAACUCAUGAAUAUGGUGGAACGCUGGAGGCAGAGGACUGAUUACGGACCGGUCUGUGUUGUGUCGCCUGACGGUCGAAGUCGAGCUGGAGUCUACUGUGCAGCGAACGCGUGCAUAGAACAAGUUAUACAACACGGCGAAGUGGAUGUAUUUCAAGCCGUCAAGACUGUUAGACGACAUCGGCCGCAGCUUGUCGAGAAUAUGACUGAAUACAAAUAUUGCUACGAUCUAGUUCUGCACUAUGUGCUGCACUAUUUAAAUAAAGACAUGAAUGAGAAGAAGUGA